AUGGAAAACUCUUCUUCCUUUUCCUCACUGCGAUUCUCGCUGAUCUUUGCGAUCUUGUUCACCGCCAUGCUUUCUGGUGUCAAGGUUACUACUGCUACUGAAAUUGGAGUUACAUUCACCAACCCGAUGACACCACCACCGCCACCUCCACAUGAUCUUCAAGAACAUUCGUUCUUCUCUCAUACUGCAUUGCUUCCUCCGAUCUUGUCUCAUCUCGGUUUCCACGAGCUUGCAACCGCGGCUCCGUCACUCUCUGACGCCGCAGCUACUGCUUCAUCGGCUUGGACCGGUCCUUCAACGAUUUUCGCUCCCUCCGAUGCGUCUCUGCAAACUUGCUUUUCUUGCUCUGUUCCGAAUCUUCUCCGUGAACACAUUGUUCCAGGUUUGUUUACCAUCGAGUAUUUGCGGAGACUUGCUUUUGGUACCAAGAUCGAGACGCUUAGUCCUGGCCGUUGCAUAACCGUCACUUCUAAUUCCGUUCAUCCGAACAUCAGUACCGGCGUCGAUGCGAAGGUUUUCAUCGGAGGUGUGGAGAUCACGCAGCCGGAUCUAUUCAACAACGGAAUGAUUGUGGUUCACGGUAUUCAAGGUUUUGUCUCUACGCUAUCUCCUUUUUCUUGCGACGUAGAGAGAAUGACUUCACUCUCCUUCCCGUUCCAUCCGGAUCACCGUUCCAGUCCUCAUGUCCACACUCCCGGUACCGGUGCUACGGUGCUUCCUGCUAUAAUGCGCCUCAUGCUAAGGGAUGCAAUGCUCAGGCUUCGUAAUAACGGUUUCAGCAUCCUCUCACUCGCUAUGAAGGUAAAAUACGCAGAACUCAUAACUCUCAGCAACAUGACUAUUUUCGCCGUGGACGAUCUUUCCAUAUUUUCCGGUUCUCAGUCAUACAUUAGCAAUGUGAGAUUCCAUAUCGUACCGAACCAUUACUUAUCGAUAUCGGAUCUUGAGAAGCUUCCGGUUGGUACUGCUCUGCCUACAUUGGAACGAGGACAACCGCUUCUGAUCACAACCGCCGGUGGAGGAGUGACAUUGGCGCCGAUGAGAAUUAACUAUGUGAGAGUUAAAGUUGCUGACGCCAUCCGCAAUGUGAAGAUAGUUGUGCACAGUGUGUAUUUGCCAUUUCCGCAUAUCAAUCCUGUUGCGGCUGCUUAUGACUCUAUCUUAGGAGGUGAAGGACAAGGAGCAUCGGAAGGUGCCGGAGCGGCUACUACUGUAUCAGAUUCUUCCGGUCAGGCGACGGACGGAAUCUGCUCUGCUCUUGAUGGACGUGGUGGUUGUGCUGCUAGUGUCACUACUGCAGCAGGUAUGUCUCCUAUGCCUCAGGUCAUUCCUCAAGCCAUGCCUCAGGUCAUGCCUCAGAUGCCUCAGGUCAAGCCAAUGGUGGAGAUUGAAGAUCACCAUGGCCUGUGAGUGUGAUGCUGAUGAUGAAGAUCACGGUUUAUACUUCUUUCUCUGUUGAAGUGAAACUGUGAAAUUUGUAGUUAGUUCACACUGUUAUCCAUUUACUGUUGUUCAAUUCAUUUUAGUUUGUAAUGCACUUGUUUCUCUGCUGAAGUGAAACUCUAGCAUUUGUAGUUCGUUCACAUUGUUAUCCAUUUACUGUGUAUGUUGAUUAGUUCUUUUUAAUUCUUCAAUAAAAUUUUGUGGAUUUUGUCGUUA